AUGCUGCGUGAGAUAUUUUUGCUCCUGAUAUGUGCAGCAUGGGUAGAUUUUGCUGUUCGUUUCUCCCCACAAAUCGAGCAAAUCGCUCAUAACAUCAUCGCGCACACUACUACCUUUUUUCACGACCCGGUACCAUUCUCUCUUCACCAUGGAGAAGAACAUACCCGUCUGCUUCAGAGGAUCCAGCGAUCCAGUGGAAAAUGGGACUCGUCCCACCCUCGACAUCGCUUGUUAACCGCGCUGCAUGGGUAUGCGAGAUACAAGGACAGAAACUUGGCGGAAGUGGAUCGAUGGAGGAAACUUUACAAAAGCGUCCCUAAGCGCCAGCGAUUGUUGCUCGAAUCGACCACCCACUACAAGCGCAAACUCAACACAAUCGAUCAUCUCGUGGACACAAACGACAAUCUCGCCAGGGACAUUGUGAAUUACGGCCUACGGUUCUAUAAUAUCAGUCAGUCUGAGCUGGACGAGUUCAUUGGAGACAACGAAGCCCAGCACCGGUCCGCUGAUCGGACUAGCGUCUCUCAAGGAAUCAAGCAUUUUGUGCGCGACUGGGCAGAUGAGGGCCGUGAGGAGCGACAACAAUCCUUUGGAUGCAUUCUGAAAUCUCUUGCACAGACGCCGCGAACAAGCAGGGAACCUCUACGAGUGCUGGUGCCCGGAGCGGGUCUGGGACGACUGGCACACGAGAUCGACAAGCUUGGGGGCUUCGAGGUCAUAAUGAACGAGUGGUCGAUGUACAUGAAUCUGGCAUAUCGAUAUCUAUCCAGUCUACCCGACCCCGACAGCGUAGCGUUCCACCCGUAUAUCGACUGGUGGUCUCACCACGCCCUGACGGCUGAUCUCCAGCGCUCUGUUACAUUUCCAGACCAAGUGAUCAACCAGUCCUCUGUCUUACUCAUAGAGGGAGACUUCACCACCGCUUUUGCCAAGCACACCGGCCAAUAUGAUAUAAUCGUGACCUUAUUCUUCAUCGACACAGCGCGGAACCUGAUCUCGUACCUCGAGACUAUCCACCAGUUGCUCCGUCCUGGGGGGCGUUGGAUUAAUCUAGGUCCGCUGUUAUAUGGCACUGCGCCAUUUGUGCAGUUAUCGCUGGAUGAGAUCGUGGCGCUAAGCGUGCAGAUUGGGUUUGAGUUUCAGGAGACAGAUGCUACGUUUGGGAAUAUUACAGUACCUGGCUUGUCAGUGCGAGGGUUUGAGGUGGCAUAUGGUCGAAAUGGCCGGGGGUUGAAUAAGAAUGCAUAUCAGGCGCAGUAUUGGGAGGCUGUUAAGCGCUAG